ACAAGGGUGACAAAGCACUUAUCUAUACAUUUCAAGACGCUGUCAGAGGCAGAGGAGGCAUUGCAAAUUGAUUAUGUUUCCAGUGGACUUGAUUUUGGUGAACUUCAGCCCAGCAGCACUUCACAAAGGUCAACUGCACUCACACUUGAUAAUCCUCUGUCCCCUACCUUCCAGUUUUCUCCAUGUAAGGAUAUACCACCACUUACUCGCAGUGUUGGGGAUCUGAUCAAAGACUUUGUUGCAAGCUUCAAAUAUGCAAUGUCAUCAAGGUUACGGUCGCAGAUUCUAAGUCAUUUGUUUAAGAAAGCUGUUAUGGAAAGUGGGGGACAUGAAUUCCUUUAA